AUGACCUACCAGUGUCAUAGGACCAGUCUCACUGCCUGCAGGACCUCCAGUGACUACCAUAGAGGCAUGGAACUAAAGGAGCCAUUGGGCUGGCAGGUGAACGCCCUGGGGAAGCCUUUUUUACACUGCUGCCUGGGACUAGGGAGCUCCGGGGAGGCCUGCCAGAACCAUGCACCAGGCUGCCACACUCCCGGGUUCCCUGUAGGCUCGGGCUGUACCUCGCCCCUCCCGGCUGUUUUCUCUAGCCAGUCUGCAGCUUCCUGCACAGCUGAGUUGCGGGAGAUCCCCGUUCCCGUUCCAGGGGCUGGGCUGUUCCCAGCUGGCAAGAAGCGAAAGGCCCUGGGGGCAGGGAGCACCUGCUUUGCCCCACAGGCUCCCGCAGGUUUUGGUCCCAGAGAUAAUAUCCAACGGAUAGAGAAGGAGACAGAAAGCAGAGAGAGCGAGAUUGAAGGCCUCCAAAUAAGUCUACAGAUUCUGUCAGUAAUGGCCUGGAGUUCCAAAGCUUAUGACUCAAAGGUGAUCAGAGCAUUCAAGAUAAUGCGCCUGAAGCCAGUCUGGAUUGGUAACUGCUCAACUCGAGCAAUAUACAGUAUGAGAAGCAAAAGGAAGAAGAAAACAGAAGGGCAGCCACCAAGGAGUAAUCAUUUCUACCAAGAGACUGGAAGAAAACCAGAAGAAAGAAUCAAGUUUCGGAGGGAUUCUGCCAAGAUGGCCUAAUAGGAACAGCUCUGGAAUGCAGUUCCUAGCGAGAGACAUGCAGAAGACAGAGUCUCACUCCAUUACGCAGGCUGGAGUGCAGUGGCACAAUCUCAGCUCACUGCAACUUCUGCCUCCUGGGUUCAAAUGAUUUUCCUGCCUCAGCCUUCAGAGUAGCUGGAAUCACAGGUAUGUACCACCAGGUCUGGCUAAUUUUUGCAUUUUCAGUAGAGAUGGGGUUUCAUCAUGUUGGCCACAAUAUUUUCUAGAACUACUUUUGUUUACUUUAACUUCUUUCUCCCUAGUAGAAAUUUUGAUCCUUGCCACUGGUUAAAAUAUAAUAAAGGGAUUCAGUUUUCUGAGGGAAUUUAUAACUACAUUGAACUUGUCCCUGAAAAGGAAUGAAAUGAUGCAAGGGAACACUCACCCUCCAGACGUGCUUGACUGCUUGUAUUUAUUUGCUCUGUAUUAAUGGCUGGUAUUAAUUUUAAGUUGUUUAAAUAUACAUGUGUACUGAAUAGACAAUGUAAUAUGAAGAAACCAUUGCAUAAUGAUGCUUUGAAAUCUCUUGUGCCUAGUGAAUGUGUGUGAGAUGAGGACAAAGACAUUCUAAAUGUCAUGUAGAGACAUUCAGGAGUCCUGUGGUGGCUGGAAAUAGAUGAGCUCACACAUG